AUGGAAUAACCACAACUUUAUAUAGAUUAAAUAUAUCAUUCGUAGAAUUUAAAAAUAAUUAUUUUUGCUGGAAUUAUUGCUACAGCUUGUCUUAAUGUAACUGGUAUUAGUAUUACUAAAAAUGCUUCUGCUUUGACAAGAACUGUUGCUGAUGUUUUAAGAACUAUAUGUGUGUGGAUUAUUGGGAUUAUUUUAAGUAUUACUUUAGGAUAAAGUAAUUAAGACUUUUUAUGGGAAAACCUUUAGGUAGUAUAUGUUUCAGGAUAAUUUUUCGCAUUCUUAAUUAUUUGUUUAGAAUAGUAAUUAGAUUAUAAUAAAUCCUCUAAGAAUAUUUUAGGUAAUUCUUAAACCGCCUCUUUAGAUAGUGUUCUUUUUGAAUUCUCCUCUAUAAACCACACUAACCCUUUAACAGAUAUUUUUUUACCCUCUGAUUAAAUUCAGAAAAGAUGCCUUUUAAAUGGCGUGAAAAAAUCUUUUGGUGCUAAAUCUUCAAAUUAUAUACUCUCUACCAAACCUUCCUAAAUAGCAACUAAGACUAACAUAGUUUCUGCAAAUCCCUUUUAGCCCUCUUAAAUAGUUUUUCAGAAUUCUCAUUAGACCUAUUACUCUUUCUUUCUGAAACUCAUUUCUGCCCUAUAGAAAGUCUUACAGAAUUUCAAUGAUUAUAAUAUUCUAAAACCUUAAAACAUUACCUAUCUUUUCCUCUACUAGGGUAAGAAAAUUUCCUUUGAUAUUAACUCUAAAUUAUUCUCUAUAAAUAAUUAAGAAUUAUCUUUGAAUAAGAGCUCUAACUUUUUAUAGUGA